AUGCCUCCUCGGAGGGACCGAGCAAGCAAGAUCGCCGGAGCUGCUCGCGCUCGCGCUGCGAAGGCAGUUCUUCAUGCCCAGCUACCGCUCGAGGAGACACCAGAGCCAGCCGAGCCAGCCGAACCCGUCCCGCCGCCCAAUCCCGAUCCUGAGCCAGAACCCGAGCCCGAGCCUGAGGGCGAGUUGCCGCCUGCAUCCUCUCCUGCCUCGUCCGUGCACGAACUGAGCGACGACGACGAAAUUCAAAUCGUCGCACACCCUUUCGUGCAAUCAUCUGCGGAGGGAGGGUCAAAACAAUAUGGAGAUGAGGAUGAGGAAGGAGAUGGCGAACCUGGUUAUGCCGCCGAGUUGUCCGACUCAGAGGCUGAAGUGGAAGAACUCGAGGGUGAUGAGCUGAGGCGGGAGAUGGACGCCCAAGCGGCUCGCGUGGCGCGCUCGCUCGCCACAACCGUGACGGCGAACGACGAUGAAAUUGAAUUACCCGCGCGCGCGCUUGGUCCGUCCGCGGCGGUCGGCGAGCCUGCGAGCCGCGACGUGGGGACCGAGUCUCCUGAACGUCCAUCAUCGCCGGCGGAUAUCUCUGCAGACGUACACCGUUUCGUGGAGGGAGCACUCGAUGACACUCGAGAGCGUGAGGCUGCAGAGGAGAAUGAUGAAUAUGAUGGUUUCUUAUCGGACCUCGAUGAUGAGGACGAUGUGGGGAACUUCGGUGCAGUUCAAGAAGCAGACGAAUGGUAUGCGAGGAAAUUCGCCGACGCACCUGUUCAGCUCUCCGUACGCUCGCGCUCGCGCUCCCGGUCGCCUUCAUCGCAUGGAAGCUCGUCGUCGAGCUCUUCACCAUCCUCACGUGCAUCGUCUCCCGCCGCAUCGAAUCGAAGCAGUGACCGCGCACGAGCUCCCUCCCUAUCGCCAGCUCCCCAGUCUGGCUUGCCCGAUGCUGAGGUAGCCGAUGCUGAUGUCGCUCUCGAACCAGUUCGGCGAAAGCGGCGAAAGUUGGAGGUGCCGGCGCGAGUGGCUCGAGAAAGGCGGAAGGCAGCCGCACGCGCGGCGCUCGAGGCUGCUCUCAAAGACCUGAAGAAGCUUCUCAAGUCUCGGAAGAAGGUUCUCGUCGGUGGCCACAAUAGCCUGCAAUCUUACCGCGCUCACGCCAUCCGGACAUGUCUGCAUCUGAUGCUGAGAAAGAAGCAGCGAAUGAUUGAGGCCUCAGUCACGGCGGCGUUGGCGAACGAGUUCUCGGAGAGUUGGGGUGCUCGUAUGGUCCGUCUGUGGACACGCGUAUGGGUGGUUGAUCGUCUGCUUCCUGAUUCGGACCGUGGCCGGCAUGCGAAGAUAUUCUCUCUGCUUACCGAUCCAAUCGCUCGUGCUGCAAUCAGCUCGUACCUUCGCUCACACAAGUGGACAGUGCGUAACCCGACAAAGCUUCAGAAGCUCCUGCGCAAAGAGCUUGCACCCGAAGAUGCUGCCGAGUAUACCCGAGAUAUCAUCUCGGAGGACAUCCCGCUCGGUCUCAAGGAUUACAUCGACAACACACUCUUACCUCGCAUGCGUGUCAAGCCAGGGCGAAUCGGCAUCUCUGUGUCAGCCGUACGUCGCCUCAUGGAAGCUGAGGGCUUUGCAUACACGAUGCACAAGAAGGCUGUUUAUUACGAUGGCCACGAACGCCCCGAUGUUGUCGCAGAUCGCAACGAGCGCUUCCUGCCGGCCAUGCAGGCUUAUCGCCACCGCAUUCGCCGCUUUAAGAUUGGAGAAGUUGAUGUCGAAGAGAUGCUCGAGGUGCCUCUGGAAGGAGAAUGUCGCCUGGUGCUUGUUGCGCAUGAUGAGAUGACAGCUCAGGCCCACGACGGGCUUCGAUACAGCUGGAUUCUCGAAGGCGAGCAGCCAUUGAAGAAGAAGGGUGCCGGGCGGGGUAUACAUCAGAGCGAUUUCAUCUGUUCGACUGUCGGUUGGUUGAAGGAGGCGAGUGUCACCCUCGAAUACGGCAAGAAUCACGAUGGCUUCUGGAACGGUAAACUCUUCGUCGAACAGCUCAAGACAAAGUUCUUCCCUGCCUUCGAGAAGGCUCACCCGGGCUGCAAGGCUCUUAUCCUCGUUGAUAACUCCCAAGGCCACUCUGCAUAUGCAGAUGACGCUUUGCGAGUCUCCGAGAUGAACCUCGGUCCCGGUGGGAAGCAGCCACGUAUGCGUGACGGCUGGUAUGUCGACGCGAACGGCACACGCGUCGCACAGACCAUGCUUCUGCCAGCUGAUUAUCACGACGAUAAACUCGCGGGCGGACCGCGUGGCAUGGAGAGCGUUCUCCGUGAGCGCGGGCUCUGGCCACGCGGGGGAUUGCGCAGGAUCUGCGACAAGAAGCGACACGGUGGUUGUUCCGAGGACGAAAACAAACACUGUUGUGCAACCCGUGCCCUCUCGUUGCAGCCCGACUUCUUGGAACAGAGGUCUUUGGUCGAAGAGGUGAUCCAUGCUGCUGGUCAUUUCUGCAUCUUCCUCCCGAAGUACCAUUGUGAAAUUAAUUUCAUUGAGUACUUCUGGGGGGCCGUCAAGCGCUACCUUCGCGAGCACUGUGACUAUGAGUUUGAGACCCUUCGGCAGAAUAUGCCGAAGGCCCUCGAGUCCGUUCCGCUCGAGCUCAUUCGUAAAUUCGAACAUCGUGCAUGGCGAUUCAUUGAUGCCUAUGCAGAGGGUCUCGGUGCGAAGGAUGCUCUCAAGAAGGUGAAGGAGCACAGCUCGCGCCGUUACAAGUCUCACCGUCGUAUUCCGGAGGGUCUCGCACAAGCAAUGGACACUUGA